GAUGAGUUUUGCAAUGUGAAGUUCUGCAUAGAUGCCAGUCAACCAGACGUAGGAAACUGGCUCAAAUAUAUCAAGUUUGCUGGAUGCUACAAUCAGCACAACCUUGUUGCAUGUCAGAUAAGCGAUCAGAUAUUCUACAGAGUGGUAACAGACAUUGAACCAGGAGAGGAGCUUUUACUGUUCAUGAAGAGUGAAGAUUAUUCACAUGAAACCAUGGCUCCGGACAUUCACGAGGAGCGCCAGUAUCGCUGCGAGGACUGCGACCAGCUCUUUGAGUCCAAGGCUGAGCUUGUAGACCACCAGAAGUUCCCCUGCAGCACACCUCACUCCGCCUUCUCCAUGGUGGAGGAGGACUUCCAGAAAAAGCUUGAGAAUGAGAAUGACCUUCAGGAUGUACAUGAAAUCCAGGAAUGUAAAGAGUGUGAUCAAGUGUUCCCAGACUUGCAAAGCCUGGAGAAGCACAUGCUGUCACACAGCGAGGAGAGGGAGUACAAGUGUGACCAGUGCCCCAAAGCUUUUAACUGGAAAUCCAACUUGAUACGUCACCAAAUGUCUCACGACAGCGGGAAGCACUAUGAGUGUGAAAACUGUGCCAAGCAGGUUUUCACGGACCCCAGCAACCUUCAGAGGCACAUUCGUUCCCAGCAUGUUGGGGCUCGUGCUCACGCUUGUCCAGAGUGUGGCAAAACCUUUGCCACUUCUUCAGGCCUCAAACAACAUAAACACAUCCACAGCAGUGUCAAACCUUUUAUAUGUGAGGUCUGCCAUAAAUCCUAUACUCAGUUUUCAAACCUUUGUCGUCAUAAGCGCAUGCAUGCUGAUUGCAGAACCCAAAUCAAGUGCAAAGACUGUGGACAAAUGUUCAGCACUACGUCUUCCUUAAAUAAACACAGGAGAUUUUGUGAGGGCAAGAACCAUUUUGCAGCAGGAGGAUUUUUUGGCCAAGGCAUUUCACUUCCUGGAACCCCAGCUAUGGAUAAAACGUCCAUGGUUAAUAUGAAUCAUGCAAAUCCGGGCCUUGCUGACUAUUUUGGAGCCAAUAGGCAUCCUGCUGGUCUUACCUUUCCAACAGCUCCUGGAUUUUCUUUUAGCUUCCCUGGUCUGUUUCCUUCAGGCUUGUACCACAGGCCACCUUUGCUACCUACUAGUUCUCCUGUUAAAGGACUACCGAGCGCAGAUCAGACAAACAAAAGUCAAAGUCCCCUCAUGACAAAUCCUCAGAUACUGCCAGCCACCCAGGAUAUUUUGAAGGCACUAAAUAAACAACCAUCAGUAGGGGAGAAUAAGCCAGUGGAGCUUCAACCAGAGAGGUCCUCUGAAGAGAGGCCGCAUGAGAAACUCAGUGACCAGUCAGAGAGUAGUGACCUUGACCUUGACGAUGUCAGUACCCCCAGUGGCAGUGACCUGGAAACCACCUCGGGCUCUGAUCUGGAAAGUGACAUUGAAAGUGAGAAAGAGAAAUUUAAAGAAAAUGGUAAAAUGUUCAAAGACAAAGUAAGCUCUCUGCAGAGCCUGGCUUCAAUAAAUAAUAAGAAAGACCACAGCAAUCACUCAAUUUUCUCACCAUCCUUAGAGGAGCAGACUGCGGUGUCAGGAGCGGUGAAUGAUUCUAUAAAGGCUAUUGCUUCUAUUGCUGAAAAGUACUUUGGUUCAACAGGACUUGUGGGGCUGCAAGACAAAAAAGUCGGAGCCUUACCUUACCCUUCCAUGUUUCCCCUCCCGUUUUUUCCAGCAUUCUCUCAAUCAAUGUAUCCAUUUCCUGAUAGAGACUUGAGACCGUUACCCUUGAAAGUGGAGCCCCAAUCACCCAGUGAAAUAAAGAAGAUCCCAAAGGGAAGCUCUGAGUCUCCCUUUGACCUCACCAUAAAGCGUAAGGAGGAGAAGCCACUUACUCCCAUACCCUCAAAGCCAGCAGCCCCCUCUGCAACAAGCCAGGACCAGCCUCUAGAUCUCAGCAUGGGCAGCAGAAGUCGAGCCAGUGGCACAAAACAAGCUGAGCCUCGGAAAAACCAUGUCUUUGGAGAAAAGAAAGGAGGUGACCUCGAGCAAAGGAAAGCUUCGGAGUCCUCCUUGCAGCACGCCAGGCCCACCCCCUUCUUUAUGGAUCCUAUUUACAGAGUAGAAAAAAGAAAGUUAACUGACCCACUGGAAGCUUUAAAAGAGAAAUACUUGAGACCUUCCCCGGGAUUCUUGUUUCAUCCACAAUUCCAAUUGCCUGAUCAAAGAAUUUGGAUGUCAGCUAUAGAAAACAUGGCUGAAAAGCUGGAGAGCUUUAGCGCCCUGAAACCGGAGGCCAACGAGCUGAUCCAGUCAGUGCCAUCCAUGUUCAACUUCCGCGCGCCGCCGAGCGCCCUGCCCGAGACCCUGCUGCGGAAGGGCAAGGAGCGCUACACCUGCAGAUACUGUGGCAAGAUUUUCCCGAGAUCUGCAAACCUAACACGUCACCUGAGGACGCACACUGGAGAGCAGCCCUAUAGAUGCAAAUACUGUGACAGGUCCUUCAGCAUAUCUUCUAACCUGCAAAGACACGUCCGCAACAUCCACAAUAAAGAGAAGCCAUUCAAGUGUCACUUAUGUGACAGAUGUUUUGGUCAACAAACCAAUCUUGACAGGCAUCUAAAAAAGCACGAGAAUGGGAACAUGUCUGGUACUGCAACAUCUUCACCUCACUCAGAACUGGAAAGCACAGGGGCAAUCCUAGAUGACAAGGAAGACUCUUACUUCACAGAAAUUAGGAAUUUUAUUGGAAACAGCAACCACAACAAUCAAUCCCCCCGAAACUCAGAGGAGAGAAUGAAUGGCAGCCACUUUAAGGAUGAAAAAGCCAUGGUAGCCAGCCAGAACUCGGAUUUGCUGGAUGAUGAAGAGGCAGAAGAUGAAGUAAUGAUGGAUGAAGAAGAUGAAGAGAGUGAAAUUGCAGGGAAAGCAGUCAAAGAGCCUGUUACGAGUGACAUGCACGAGGGGACCCCAGAGGAGGAUUACGAGGAAACGAGUACUUUGGACAUGAACUGCAAAACUUCCCCUGGCAGGUAUAAAGAGGAGGAGUAUAAUAAGACUGGACUUUCGGCUUUGGACCACAUAAGACACUUCACAGAUAGCCUUAAGAUGAGGAAAAUGGAAGAAAAUCAAUAUAGUGAAGCUGAAUUGGCAGCUUUCAAUACUUCCCAGCUGCCAGAGGACCUAAAACAACCGUUGUACAGGAAAUCCAAAUCCCAGGCGUACGCGAUGAUGCUCUCUCUCUCCGACAAGGACUCCCUUCAUUCCGCAUCCCACAGUUCUCCCAAUAUGUGGCACAGUAUGGCGAGAGCCGCUGCAGAAUCCAGCGCCAUUCAAUCCAUCAGUCACGUAUGACAUUGUGAAGUCUUACCAAGAAUUGGGACCAAGUCCAAACCAGUAGCAUGGCUCUUUCAUAUAUGACUAUUUAAAAAGACUGCUGAGCAGAAUGCCUUAUAAAUCUGCAGGGUCACUCAUUUAAAGUCCGGUGACCUUAAACUGAAUAAUUUUAAAAAAAAAAAAAAGAAAGAAACUAUUUAUUCUCAAUAUUUUGUUUUGCACAGCAAAGGCAGCUGCUGACUUCUGGAGGAUCAAUACAACUUUAAAAAAAAAAAAAAAAAAAAAAAAAAAAAAAAAAGGUUUCAGUGGAUUAUGUAAACUGAGGCCGGGAAAAAAGUGUCUUCCAGUUCACCCGGCUUUGAGGGACAGGGGUAAAAGGGUUAAGACU